AUGAAGGCAAAAUUAUGUGAAAAGCCGAGUAAGACCUGGUAUGGAGAAUGCAAAGACGAAGUGAAGUGUGACAAGCGGUGCAUUGAAUGGGAGGGUGCGGAACAUGGAUCUUGUCACGAACGUGAAGCCAAAUACAUGUGCUUUUGUUACACGCAAUGUCGUCCUAAAGAUAAGAACCCAACUCCUCCUACUGGUAAGCAACCGACUCCUCCCAAAGGUGGACAACCGGCUCCUCCAGCAGGCACAGGAAAACCAUCUCCGCCCAAUGAUGGUCAACCUGUGCCUCCUGGUAGCGGUAAGCCAGGAGGUGGGCCACCAUCUCCACCUCCACCUGCUCCGCCUUCUAAUGGUGGUAAGCCGGCUCCUACUCCAGGAGGAGGGCAGCCAACUCCACCUGAUGGCGGCCAACCUGCGCCUCCUGAUAGCGGUAAACCAGGAGACGGGUCACCAUCUCCACCUCCACCUCCAUCUGAUGGCGGAAAGCAACCUGCUCCGCCUUCUGAUGAAGGUAAGCCAGCUCCUACUCCAGGAGGAGGGCAACCAGCUCCACCUGAUGGCGGCCAACCUGCACCUCCUUCUCCAGAUACUCCAGGAGGAGGUGGACCACCAUCUCCACCCAACGGUAGCCAGCCAGCUCCUCCUCCUCCUCCUCCUCCUGAUGGUAGUACCCCAGCUCCUUCUCCAGGAGGAGGGCAGCCAUCUCCGCCUGUUGGCGGACAACCUGCUCCUCCAGGAUGCAAUAGGUUGCUUAUAGAUAAGUUGAUAGCUGAAGCUCUCGCCAAACAUAAGACCCAAGUCUAGAAAGUAUCGUAUCUUUAACAUUUGGAUGGACACAUAAGCUGCCAUA